GCGCCCGGCCGCCGGGGCUCAUCCAGUCGCGUGGUGCCGGCCAGAACCACGCCCGCCCCUCAGGCGCCCACCUUCGACACAGAAUGCCCCCAGAAGGACGGCUUCUUCGCCGACGCGUUCCAGUGUGACCGGUACUACGAGUGUCAGGACUUCGUCAUCACGGAGCGGAUGUGUCCGGACGGCCUCGUCUUCAACGACUACAGCGUCUCGUUCGGUCGCUGCGACCAGCCCUUCGGUGUGAACUGCACGGGCCGGGAGGAGCUGCAAGACCCAAAGCCCACCGGUGACUGCCCGCGGCAGAACGGCUACUUCGCCGACCCGAAGCCAACGCGCUGCGGCAGCUUCGUCCACUGCGUGGACGGCACGAGCAACCGGGUCACGUGCCCGGCCGGUUUGGUGUUCUCACUGCAGACGGGCACCUGCCAGUGGCCCGAUCAAGCCGGCAGGACCGGCUGCUCCUCGGAAGAGGUGCUGGAGUUCAAGUGUCCGGGAACUGUGGACGGAAAACUGGCCAAUCCAGCGCCUGGUUUCCCCCUCCACCCGCGCUACGCCGACCCCACGGACUGCCAGUUCUUCUUUUCGUGCCUAGAUGGCGUUGUGCCGCGUCGUCACGGCUGCGAGGCGGGACGCGUGUUCAACGACGAGACAAAACAGUGCGACAAACCGGAAAACGUUCCCGAAUGUUAUUACGAGUGACGUCUGCAAUGUUGACGCCAAGAAAGUCUCAUCAAGGAGGCGGGCGGCGGCGAUGCCAUCAAGAGGAAGUGAAGCCAUACCGAGGACUGCAGCAAGGGAUGUACCGAGGAAUUCAUCACGAGCAGUACUGGUUCGCACAUACCGGGGAUCAUCGCACCUAUGACUAUAAGGCAAUCCAAACAUAAAACACGAUGGCCUUAUCGUAUGAACCAGAUUUUACCACGCCCACUUUAAUCGGUCCUGCCCAUUGCGCGUACAUUGCGACCAAAUACGUCAUGUUGUGAAUGAAACCCACCCGAGCGAGGACGACCCAAGAUACCUAAAAUACUUUUACACUAUCCAGUUGAACAAAAUUCUUCAUGUCUUGCAAUCAUGUAAUCAUCUCAUCGUAGAUAAUCAGUCCCGCUUCAAACGUGUUCAUGGUGGUUGCCGCAACUCCACAAACGAUCAGUGUGUUACCAUCGUACAUAUCACUUGUUACAUUGCAGACGUAUAGUUUGCACAAUCUACGUCAACUUUCAAUGCUCCGUCGUGUUGCGGUGCACAUGUAACUCACACAGCGCACGGAAACGCACACAUGUAACGCACACAGCAUCGAAAGGUGCGCCCUGCGGUGACUGCUCAUGGUUCUAACGUGGCCGACGACUGCUUGCGGUCGACGUCUGGCGACAGAGGAUUUCUAAUUUCCCGAACUGCACUAACGUGACUGAAAUGCGUUUAAAAUGCGGAGUUGUCAUGGUGACGCAUGCGACACGGUUAGAUGUGGUGAAAUUUCGUGAUUGAUCUUGGAGAUAUUUCAUGAUUGGUCGUGAUGGGAUGUCAAUAGUGACAGUGGCGAGGCUUCAGGGUUAGGUGUGAUGAGACGGGACUGCGGAGCAAUAAUUCAUGUUUCGUUUUUAAUACACCUUGUGGUUGUCGCAUC